AUGACUUCAGCGAUGCAGCUGACCAUCACCAUCCCGGAUAACGCUGCACCGGGAUCGGUGCUGUCGAUCCCGGUGAAAGGUCGAGCAGAGAACGUGAAGGCUCGGGUGCCAGAGGGGAUGGGACCCGGUGACACCCUCGUUCUGACCCAAAUAGCCGGCACAGACGAGUGGGUUGAAGAGUCUGUGCUGAAACAGGAGGAGCAGGCUGCUGCCAACGCAGUGUUCGGUGAUGAGGCACAGGCCGCACCGUCGUCUUUGGUUCCUCCAGGCAUUGUCCUUCCAGAGGAAGCCGAUCUCGAGCCCCUUGUCCCCAGUGGGCCCGUGGCGCAUACCGUGCGCUUGGAAACCACUGUCGGCGUCAUUGACAUCAUCGUGCGCCCCGAUUGG